CCUUCUUCAUUCCUUGGCUAGUGGCUGUGAAGCUGCGUGAUGGUGGGUAGUGUCUGAUUUAUUGGCAGCCAUGACAGAAAACUGCGUUCCUCGCGAAGCCGUGGAGCCGGAGGAGCUUCCUGCCCUGGUUGUGGUAAACGACACCGAGGCGACCCCGAGCGAAACUCCUGAAAUAUCUCAGCUCAGAGAACCUGAAGCUUUGGUGGAGAUGGGCAGGAGAGAAAAGCAGGAGGAAGAAAAGCUGGACGGAAAGACAGACACUGAGGCAGUAAAGGUGGGCGCUCAGUGUUGGGGCGCGUGGUCAGAGAACAGGACCAUCGACCCGGUGGCGGUGGUGGCGGCUGAUGGCGAGCGCUCCAGGAUUCGCUUCAGUGUCUACGGCAACGAGGAGGACGUGGCCGGGAGCGCGUUGAAGAGUCCCGGCGCUACAGAGCAAACGCAGAACUCGCAGCCUCAGGACUGGAAGCCCGGGUCGCGUUGCCGGGCCGUUUACUCGGCCGACGGCCUGGUUUACCCCGCUGUGGUGCUGUGGGUCAAAGAUCAGCGCUGCUGCGUUCGCUACGACGAGUACAACAACGAGGAGGAGCUGGACGUCGGCAGCCUGCUGCAUCCUGACGAGCUGCGCGGCCCGAGCAGAGCCGCAGCCGUAACCAAGGGCAGCAGCUGGAUUCCCAGUCCUCCCAGCAGCAACCUGGACUGGAGGAGACAGAGGAGAGACUCGAGCAAAGGAGACAGAGGACGAGAGAGGACGUCCACACCGAGAGACAGUCCAAACAUGAUGAAAGCGGGAUCUAAGAAUGAGAACACAGUGGAGAAAGAAACCGCAGAGAAAAGGAAAGGAGACCCGACUAACAUCUUCUUCCCUCCGUUUCCUCCUCAGAUCGAAUCAAUGAGCCCUCUGUCCUUCAUCCCUCCUCCUCUUCCUCCUGCCUGGACGCUCCAGGGGAAGGAAGUGGGCGACUGCCCGGACGUCAGCGCCGUCACCAACAUGUUCAUGCUGUGGUACAUGUGUGGCUUCCACACCGGCAGCUUCCUGGCUCAGCAGAGAUCCACACCGCCCUCCAAAGACUAAACGUCCCUCUGAACACGCAGGAAGACCCGGUAAACACACGCUAACCCUGCUGUUUUAACAAAUACUGACAUCUGGUGGUGAAACAGGAGAUGGCAGUUACUGACUUUCAGGAAUUUCAGAGUUUUUCCUUUUUUUAUAGUAGAAGACAAAAAGCUACAGUUUGCUUUUGUUUUUUUUUUGUCAAUUAGCUCUUUAUUUUUUACUAUUAAACAUAUAUUAUUUUAUUUGUUUUUGGUUUGAAAAAGGUAAUUUUGUUCAGAGUUAUUAAAAUAAUAUGUGGUUAUUUUCUGAGUGUGUGUUGUAAAAACUGGAUAUUGUAGCAGAAAAUGAGAUGUCUGAUAAAUCUGAAGUAUGUUGUUAUUAAAAAGAGACGAUAACGACGUUGUUUGUCUCGGU